UUUUCAGUAAGAAUUUGUCGGUGGACGCGUACGGUUCGCUUAUUGUGCUCGAACGGAAAAUUAAUCAUUUGAACAAUAAAAAUCAAAAAAGUGAACUGAGGAUUCACGGCAUGCGUUAAAAUUUCUGUUUUUUCACGAAAAUUAAAUUUUGAAUGCCUAUCAUUACGGUGUGAUUGGUGUAAAGAGUUUCAAAUGCGAGAAAUGUAAACAGACAAUUUAUUCGUAUUUUGGAUACAAAUUCAAACAAAGUGAGAAUGUUAAUUCGGUCUAUCAAUAAACGUUUCAAAGGUGUUUCUUGAGGUGUUUACUAAAAUAUUUAAAAAAAAUAGUUAAACCGCAUGUGGUACGUUAUAGUGUCGCGCUAAAUUUCGCGGUUGAUAAAGAAACGAAAAUUGAAUUUAUACACACAACCAGUUCACUAUAUCGAUGAGUUAUCUUAUUCCUCUGUCUUAGUUACACAAUUAUAAAUAUAUUGUCGCGGGAGUGGAGAAAAGAAAUAAACCAAAGAAGAAGAAAAAAAAAUGUGUGAGACAGAAAGUGUACAAUUAAGAUAAAAAAUAUGACAAAUUAACAACGGCCAAUGAACAAUUUUAAUUGAAAUUUUCCGUGCAAUCAUUAUUCAGUGCUCAAAUGAAAAAUUAUUACUUCGGUUGUUCGGUUGAAGGUAACUUCCUCUGUGAACAGCGAUAAAAAGAGACCGUGAAAUAUAUAUUUCGUGCUUUGUUUUUCGGCACAGAGUAAAUAUUGUAACAGAAACAAGAAAAAAACAUUUUCAAUUGCAAACGGCAUGUCGAGAAAUAAAUACAUUCCGACAUAACAAACCAUAAAAAACGAAUUACAUGAGUUGUUUUCUUGUUACAGUUUGAUAAGAAAAUCAGAGGAAAAUAAACAGAGUGUUACUAUGACGAUAAUAACAGUUUCAGUAAGAUAAUACAAAACAGAGAAUCAUCCGCACAACGAUGCCGAAGGCGUAUAGAUUAGGAAUUGUGAUAGUGUUUAUUAUAUCUGUAGUAAGCCAAAUUGAUGCCGAAGCAAUAAAUUUAAGAGAUAAAUCAAAGGAAUUUCCAUCAAUCUUGAUCGAAAAUGUGAUACGGAAUAAACGUGAAAAUUUUGAUCACUACACGGUUGGAACGUCGGAAUCUGAAAAUCAUACCGUUGUCAUCAAUCAGCCGUCAGAUGAAUGCAAAACAGUUACAACAGUGCGGAAGGUGCGAGAAAAACGGGAAUUGUUUUUUGGUCUGUUGCUGCCAUCGAAUAUGCCAGAUCGAGGUGGCAGUCCCGCUGUUUUGCCGGCAAUGGAAUUAGCUGUCAAAAAAGUUCGAGCACCUGGAGGUAUAUUGGAAGGAUGGGAUAUAACGAUGGAAUAUCGAGAUACCCAAUGUUCGUCGGUGUAUGGUCCGUUGGCAGCCUUUGAACUGUAUACCAAACAGAAGCCAGAUGCAUUUUUCGGACCAACGUGCGAUUAUGUUCUGGCACCAGUCUCCCGUUACUGUGGGGUAUGGGAAAUACCCGUGAUUACUGCAGGCGGUUUUGCUGAGGCAUUCAACUUUAAGUCAACACAUUAUCCGACACUGACCAGAAUGCUGGGUAGUUAUAAGCACGUCGGAAUUGCAGCACAUGGCAUUCUCAAAGAAUUCAAUUGGAACACCGUAAUGCUACUGUACCACAACCACGACGAGGCAUCCGGAAAAGGAAAUUCCGAUUGUUACUUUACAUUGGGCGGCAUAUAUCGGUUCCUCAAUCAAAGUUCACAGGCGCAAUUCGACGAAGAGAAGACGACAAGACUUGAUUUUUUAAAACUUCUAGAUAAAGUUAAGAAGAAGGCUCGAAUUGUCAUAAUGUGUGCUAAUCCGAAUACCAUUCGAGAAAUUAUGCUGGCCGCCGAAGAAUUGAAUAUGGUCGAUAGUGGGGAGUAUGUGUUCUUCAACAUUGAAUUAUUUACAAGUAUGACGGCCACUUCAGUGAAACCUUGGUACAAUCCAAAUGAUAAUCAAACUGUGAAUGACCGCGCCAAAUCUGCAUACACCGCUCUUUUAACCGUCAUUGCCAAACAACCUGAAGACGAUGAAUACCUGGAGUUUUCUCAGCGUGUCAAAGAGCUAGCCGAGCAAAAGUACAAUUACACAUUCACCGAACCUGUGUCCACAUUUGUCACAGCUUUUUACGACGCCGUGUUACUGUAUGCGUAUGCUCUCAACCAAAGUAUCAAAGAGGAUCCCCAAACACUGUAUCGACCAAUGAACGGAACGAAAAUUACGCAUCUGAUGUGGAAUCGCAAUUUUAAGGGUAUCACUGGCAACGUUACUAUUGAUUCGAACGGUGACAGAAUAUCAGACUAUUCGUUGCUGGAUAUGAAUCCGGAAACGGGGUACUUUGAAAUUGUGGCAAACUAUUUCAAUAAAACGGGUCUGCAAUAUGUCGAAGGGAAAUCAAUACACUGGGCUGGUGGAAGGACAGAACCACCGCCGGAUCGACCGACUUGCGGAUUCGACAAUUCACUGUGUCCAGACAAUUCUUUACCGGGAUAUGCGAUAUUGUCUCUCGUGUUGGGCUUUGCAAUCAUCUUGAUGGCAAUUGCAUCGUUAUUGGGCUAUAGACAUUAUAGGCUCGAAGCUGAAAUAAAUUCGAUGACUUGGAAAAUUAACUGGAACGACAUUUUGCCGUGCAAUCCGGCCAGUAAGCAUCGUGGUAGCCUGCAUUCGCUUGCGAAGCGUGGAAGUCAAUUGACAGUUGGCUCAGAAGAUCUGGGUUCCAUACCGGGCGAUAAGCAACUUUUCAUUCCGAUUGGAUUUUACAAAGGUUGUAAGGUGGCAAUUAAACGGAUUCAUGAGUCGAACAUAACGUUAAACAGGGAGCAAAUGUUGGAAUUGAAGCGGAUGAAAGACAUUCAACAUGAGCAUCUGGUACGGUUUUACGGCGCUUGUGUCGAUCCUCCGAAUUGCAGCAUUUUAACCGAAUACUGUCCGAAGGGAUCCUUGCAGGACAUUCUCGAAAAUGAUCAAAUCAAAUUGGACUGGAUGUUCAAACUAAGUUUGAUGCAUGACAUUACUCGAGGAAUGCACUUUUUGCACACAACGGACAUAAAAUCGCACGGUAAUCUAAAAUCAUCGAAUUGUGUCGUUGAUUCGAGAUUUGUUUUGAAAAUUACCGAUUUUGGACUGCAUAAAAUGAGAAGUGCGUCGGCUGACGAUGAAUCGGAGAAAUCGGAUAGUUUUGCGUAUUGGAGAAAAAUGCUUUGGACUGCGCCAGAAUUACUGCGAUUGGACAAACGAGCCCAUGAAGGUACACCGAAAGGGGACGUUUAUUCGUUCGGUAUUAUUGUGCACGAGAUAACGACACGCCAAGGACCAUUUUAUUUGGGUACAGAUGACAAGUCGCCAAAAGAAAUAAUUCAACUAGUCAUGGACGGUGCUAAGCACAAUGGACAUUUGUUUCGUCCAAAAAUUGAUGAGACUGCUUUUGAUGAUGUUAACUCAAUAAUGGUCAAGUGUUGGAAUGAAGAUCCAUGUGAUCGUCCUGAUUUUACCAUUCUGAAGUCAACGAUCCGUAAGAUUAAUAAGGAAAACGAAACGGGCAAUAUUGUAGACAAUCUACUACAGCGCAUGGAACAAUACGCCAAUAAUUUGGAAGGUUUGGUUGAAGAACGUACCCAGGACUAUUUGGAGGAGAAAAAGAAAUGCGAAGAGCUACUGUAUCAGUUAUUGCCGAAAUCAGUUGCUGCACAAUUGAUAUUCGGCAAACCUGUGAUAGCUGAAGUAUUUGAACAGGUCACCAUUUACUUCAGUGACAUCGUUGGCUUUACAUCGAUAUCGGCGGCCAGUACACCGAUGCAGGUUGUCGAUUUGUUGAAUGAUUUGUACACAUGUUUCGAUUCGAUUGUGGAGAAUUUCGACGUUUACAAGGUUGAAACUAUCGGCGACGCAUACAUGGUCGUGUCUGGUCUGCCAGUACGAAAUGGAACUUUGCAUGCAAGGGAAAUAGCACGUACCGCUUUAGCAUUGUUAAAAAAUGUACAUAAAUUUAAGAUAAGACACAGGCCAGACGAGCAGCUACGUCUCCGAAUAGGAUUGCAUAGUGGUUCAUGUGUAGCUGGUGUGGUAGGCUUGAAAAUGCCGAGAUACUGUCUGUUCGGCGAUACCGUAAACACAGCGUCCCGAAUGGAAUCGAACGGUGAGGCGUUAAAGAUUCACAUUAGUCACAGCACGAAAACGAUUCUGGAUUCGUUCGGUACAUUCGAUACGACAGAACGUGGCCUGGUCGACAUGAAAGGGAAAGGUAAAAUGUUGACGUACUGGUUGAAUGGCGAGCACACAAACGAUGACAUCAUGAAUCACAACGAACAGCAAUCGACCAUUUCGGAAGCGUCAACGGUGGCUGCGAUGGCAGUGCAGUCGAUGCAAAAGAAUGGAUCGAUUCACAAUAAUCAUAAGAUGCCAAAUAAUGACAAGAAUCCAACAUUGAUUCACUUUAAUAAUUUAGUCAAGUCGAAUAAUCUUAAGAACACCCAGUACAAGAAGAUGUGCAAUCUGGAUGAGGACAGUUUGAGGAAUAAUGUAAACCAACCGUUGCUGACGAAAAUUUCGUAAAAGAAUUUUCGAUCGCAAAUUUUGGCAUCACAAAGUUGAGUUCUGAAAAUGAUCGGAGUAUAAUUGGGAGACCGAUGUUCAUCAGGUGUAAUGACAUCUUCGCUAUAACAUGAAAUCGAUUCUAUGUGCGUUUCACCGGAGAUGACUAUUUGACACCACUGUACAAUAAUCGGUGCCAACCAAUCGACAUAUUAUUUGUGGUAACGUAGUCUGAUUGGUUACACUCAUCAUCGAUUUUCUAUCCGUUCAAGUUGAGUCAAUUGUAUUUUGUUGAUUCAAUCAACCCAAUUAAACUCCGCACAGCUUUACGAAUGAACCGCAUAUAUGUGGUGCAAAUAUAUAGAGUAGAGAUGUGUUGAAGAGCAAUUGUGUGAUGUGUUAAUUGAAAUCAUUGAAAGGACAUGGGGGUAGUUCUUGCAUCGUGUUAAAUGUUCAAUACAAUAUUUUGUGUCUGUUAAAAGGAAGUGUGUCAUAGAUAUGAGCAAACGGUUGUUUAUUUUGUAGCAAACAAGAGAAAAAUUUUGUGAUAUUUGUAAGGAGAUUUUUUUGCCAUUUAAUUAGUUCAGCGGUACGCUGUGGUGGAAUGGAAAUUCACUUGAUUAUUUACUUAAAACUGUGCACAAUUUUUGUAGAGCUAAACUUGAGCAUAGCAAAUGCAUGUCAAGUGGUUCGAUAUAUUUGUGGAAUCGAAAGGGAAAAUAUACUUCAAGGAGACUAGGGAAUUAAAGGAACCGAGCUUAAAAAUUGUGAAUUUAAACAUUAAUUUCCUACAUAAAAGUAAAGCGUUAAAGUAAGGAGAAAAUAACUUUAAAAAAAUUUAAAAUCAAAUGACAAAAAAUGUGUAAUUUAUGUUGAUAUAAAACUAAGCAAAAAUAAUAUACUUAAGACGUCUGUAAAGUUGAGUCAACAUCAAAAAAGUAUUUAAUUUAUUUAUGACAGAGAAAUUCGGAAGAAAUUAAAUUGUGGAGCAGAUAAAA